AGAUAUGCCAUCUUGCUGCCCCUCUUCCAACCGCAUGGGUUUCCCCAACUCUCCCUGGGUAGUGACGGUUCCUCUUCCUCCCAAUUUCAGUUGUUUCCCCCAUUAUCCCAGCCUUGCUGUAGUUCCUGAACAGCACUGAUCACUAAUGGAGAUGAUCUAAUUUUAAAUUGGUUUCUUUCUCACUAGACUGUGCCCCCCGACUCCCUCCUCCCCCAAGGGCAGAGCUUUGUCCCUCCUGUCCCCUGUUGCGGUCCCCAGAGCGCGCACGGGAGGUGCCCACACUUGCAGCCUGCGGAGCGGAGGAGUGUGGCGCUGGGGGCGUCUCGGGGACUUUCCCGGUUCCGCUGGGAAAGCGUGACCUCACCCCCCUUCUCUCCUCCCCGCCAGGCCGCGGAAGAGGCAGGCAGAGGCCCCGGGGGCGGGUCCGCUCACGCGCCUUCCGCGCUGGGUCUCUGCGGGCACCGCCGCUAGGCCAUCUGGCCACAAAUCCCGGACCCGAGGAAGCGAGAGAUUCGGGGGGCCAACCUCGGAGUCCAGGUCUGCUCCGGUAGUCCCCAUGAGACCCGGGGCAGUGAGUGGGUAGGGGACACCACGUGUGCAGGAAGGCAGCUGGUGUGGAACAUGCCUCCACCAGCCAGCGCUUAUCCCGCCUCCGUCGGAGGCCACACCCACCUGUGCCCAUGGCCUGCACGGGCCCGUCUCUCUCCAGCGCCUUUGACAUCCUAGGUGCAGCUGGCCAGGACAAGCUCCUGUAUCUUAAGCACAAGCUGAAGACCCUGCGCCUGGGCUGCCAGGGCGCAGACCUCCUACAUGUCAUGGUGCUUCUGACGCUGGGUCAGGAGACCGAGGCCAGGAUCUCCCUGGAGGCCCUGAAGGCAGAUGCAGUGGCCCGGCUUGUGGCCCGCCAGUGGGCCGGCAUGGACAGCAGUGCCAAUGCCCCGGAGGAGACCCCAGAUGUGUCCUGGACUGUUGCCCGGGUGUACCACCUGCUUGCCGAGGAGAAGCUGUGCCCCGUCCCAAUGCGGGACGUGGCCUACCGGGCAGCCCUCCAGGCUUUCAGCUCGAGGGAGGACCCCCAGCUUGGGGAGCUCCAAGAGGAGGCCAGGGACCGGUGCGGGUGGGACAUCGUUGGCGACCCAGGGGCCUUCCAGCCCCUCCACUCUGAUCUGGGCUGCCUCCCGGCCCCCUCUGGGACCCACAGCCUUUCUCAGCCCAUUGAGGCCCCGUUGGGCUGGAGCAGAGGGUGCUCCCUGAGAUCCACCGGCAGCCCAGCUUCCCUGGCCAGCAACUUGGAAAUUAGCCAGUCGCCCACCGUGGCCCUCCUCAGCGCGCAACGCAGCUCCCAUGGGCCCAGCAGGCUGUGUGAUGAGCCCCCGGCCAGCCCAGUGCCUGAGCCUGUCCCCACAGGCGGCCAGGAGCCCGAGGAGAUGAGCUGGCCCCCAUCGGGGGAGAUGGCUGACACCCCAGUGCCACCAAACAGCCCGGGCCCCAGGCUUCCUGAGGUGGCCCUAGAUGCAAGCCCUGCUGGCCUGUCAGAAGCUCCAGACACCAGCACCCACUACCCAGUAGAAUGCACAGAAGUGUCACCAGCCCCCAGAUCUCUACCCUCGCCCUCCAGAAGUCCCUGCCCUGUCAAGGACCAGAUGCCACUACAACCUCCCAUGGAAGACAUCACUUCCUCGACAGCCCAGCCCUGCCCGCCGACUCCCUCGGCCCCGAAGACGUGCCCUACCAGUCCUUCUCCACCGCCCCCGUCUUCGGCUCCCCCAGCCUCCUCGAGCCCGUGUCCCCCUGCUCCCACGUCAGACUCAUCGGAGCAGAACUUCUAUAACUUUGUGGUGCUGCACGCUAAGGAGGACGAGCAUAUUGCCCUGCGUGUCCGGGAGAAGCUCGAAGCCCUGGGAGUGCCCGACGGGGCCACCUUCUGCGAGGAUUUCCAGGUGCCCGGGCGUGGCGAGCUGCGCUGCCUGCAAGAUGCCAUAGAUCACUCGGCCUUCACCAUCCUGCUGCUCACGGCCAACUUUGACUGUCGCCUGAGCCUGCACCAAGUGAACCAGUCGCUGAUGCACAGCCUCACGCAGCACGGACGGCAAGACUGCGUGGUCCCUUUCCUGCCCCUGGAGAGUUCGCUGGCUCAGCUCAGCCCCGACGCGUCCAGCCUGCUGAGCAGCCUGGUGUGGCUGGACGAGCACUCCCCGAUCUUCGCCAGGAAGGUGGCCAACACUUUCAAGCCCCGGACGCUGCGGGCCUACAAGGCCAACUGGAGGAAGGAACAGGAUGCUCGGGCCCUUCGGGACCAGCGCCAACAGCUGGAGGCUGAGCGGCAGCAGGCAGCCGCGUGGAGUGCCGCGUACUCAGCCUACGUCCAGAGCUGCUUGUCCUGGCAGGAGCAGAUGGAGAACCUCCAGGCAGCUUUCAGGAGCCACAUGACACUUGGGGCUCAAGUGCCUUAUGGGGACCAAGGGCCCCCGAGAGCCCAGCCACCCUUUCCUACCUGGCCUGGCCAUCAGCCACCACACCUGCCUCCAUGGCUGGCUGGCAGCCACCCACUGGCCUUCCCGCAGCCAUCGGCCUUCCCGCAGCCAUCGGCCUUCCCGCAGGUCUCACCUGUGACCCCUCAGAGCCCUGGGCUGCAGCCCCUCAUUAUCCACCAUGCACAAAUGGUGCAGCUGGGGCUCAACAACCAUAUGUGGAACCAGAGAGGGACCCAGGUGCCUGAGGACAAGACACAGGAAACAGAAUGACCAAAUGAUGCAGCCUGAUGACCUUGACCUCAGACCCCCUUGGUCUGGGCCUUGGAGAGCCCCCAUCCCCAAGGGAAGCACUAGAACAUGGGGUCACCUGUUAUUUUCAGGGCAUAGCUGGGGACACCUUCGUGUCUUAGGAAAUCAUGCAAAAUGGGCCCCGAUGACUGUCCAGUCCUCGGCGAGGCCGGAAUUGGACGUGGUGUUUACAAUCUCUUUCUCCCUGGAUGGUGGUGGUGGGGAAUGGGCUGG